GGUGCAGCGUGCCAUGCCUCAAAAGAGGCGACAAAAUGGAUGGAAGAAAAUAAUGUACCACUUUUGAAAUGGGUUUCUAGCAGUCCAGAUCUGUCACCUAUUGAAACUUUGUGGCACGAGAUGAAAAAGCUUCAAGAAAUAUGGGAUUGUUUUACACCAAAUUUUUGCCAAAACUUGGUUAACACUAUGCCCCAAAGAAUUUAAGCCGUAAUAAAAGAUAAAGGUAAU